AUGAGUAAACGGUUGUUUCUACGCAUAAUCAACGACUUGGAAGCCAACUACGAUUAUUUUAAACAAAAACCGGAUGCGAGAGGGUACCUUGGAUUCACCGGUAUCCAAAAGUGUACGUCGGCAUUACGAAUCCUUGCUUAUGGUAACACCACCGACAUCAACGACGAGUAUCUAAAAAUGGCGGAGAAAACUACACGAGAUAGCUUGGAACAUUUUUGUCGCGGUAUAAUUGAUGUGUACGGUGCACGUUAUCUUAGAACGCCUACAUGGGAGGACCUUCAAAAGAUCUACGAGGUACAUAAUGCCGAGCAUGGUUUGCCUGGUAUGAUCGGGAGCAUAGAUUGCAUGCAUUGGCGUUGGGAUAACUGCCCGACUGCAUGGCGAGGCCAACACACACGUGGUGACCAAAAAGGACCCACUAUUAUUCUUCAGGCGGUUGCUUCACAGGAUCUUUGGACAAAGCAGAUGUUGAGUGAAGCUUUUUGGAAGUAUGGGUCUGUUGAGGCAAGGCAGCAGUGA